AGACGCGUAUGAGCGCCAAGCUGAUGACGUGGAUCGCUCAGUUGACCACCAGAGCAGCAGGAUGGCCGACCAGAGUAGGCAAAUAAAACUCGCUGCAGCUAAGAAAAAGCUGAAGGAAUUUCAACAGAAGAGCUCCCCUGCUAGUGUAGGAGGAGAAAAAGGAGGUGGAGCCAAGAAGAAGAGAAAGGUGAAGGGAUCCAGCCAACAUGAUGCACCUUCACCAGACAGAAACUCUCCAGACAAUUUUGACAGUUUUCUAAAAGCACUUAGUCAAAGCAAUGGAAUAGUCCUCCCUCAUUAUGGCAACUGUCAGACCUUUGCUGACGUGGAGGCCGUGAGGUCUUCAGCUCAGCUGCUGGAGGAGUCAAACAGCGAGCCUGAUUACAUCUCACCUUUGUCUAACCCCGCUAGCGCUAACACUGCUACUAACUCUGAGUCUGUCGAUCACAACACUGACCUCCAGGAUUACUCUGAUACCAACGGCAACGAGAAUUCAAUGGAGGAAAAUAGGCCGCUGUCUUCCACAGAGAGCCUGCGACAGCUCUCGCAGCAACUGAACGGCCUGGUCUCUGAGUCAUCUGCUGCAUAUGUGAAUGGAGAUGGCGCACCUCCUCUGAGUGAGCGAGAACUAGAGAGUCGAAACCAGGAGCUGGCAGCCGCCCUGGAAUCCAGCAACCUAACAAACUCUCAGCUCACUACCAAGCUAGACCAGCUGACACAGCAAUCUCAGGAGCUUACAGAUCAGCUACAAAAGGAGCGAAAAGAAUUUGAACAGAGAUUUUCAAAAGAGCAAGGCGCCAUGCGGGAGCAAUUACAGGUUCAUAUCCAGACCAUUGGCAUACUAGUAGCAGAGAAAUCGGAGCUACAAACAGCACUACAAUACACACAACAGGCUGCACGGCAGAAAACAGCUGAGGCAGAGGAGCUGAAUAACCGUCUGCAAUCAACAAAGCAGAGAGUGUCAGAACUUGAAAGAACUCUCUCUUCUGUCUCAUUGCAGCAGAAACAGUUUGAAAAGCACAACAAAGAGCUUGAAAAGGAAAGAGACAAUCUGAGAUUGGAGGUGUUUAGACUAAACAAUUUGAGUGAGGAGUCGAAGCAGCAGAGCUCGGAGCUGUCAGAGCAGAUAAAACUGAGUACACAAGAAAAUGCCGCAAUGAAGUUGGAGGUAGAAGAUCUUCGCAAGAGGCUCGAGAUAACUGACCUCAUGUUACAGCAGUGCUCAAGUCAGUCAGAUCCUACCAGUGCCAGCCAGCAGGUUCAGUUACUGCUGGAAGAGAAGCAGCAGGUGGAGGCGCACAAUCACCAGCUUAUGGAGUCCAUUGCGCAGCUGAAGACAGAGAGGGAUUGUUAUGCAGUGCAGAUCCAGGAAGAAGGUCGUGUGUGGAAGGACAAAACUGAACAACUGCUAACACAGGUUUCUCUGGUGGCAGAAGAGAGGGAUAGAAACAUCAACCGGGUGCAAGAACUGGAGGCCAGCAUUGCAGAGUUAAGAAAUGCUGCAGCGUUAUUUUCCCAGGAGAGAGAAGCUCAGCAUGGCGCAGAGCAUCAGUCCUCAGGACCAUCAGAAAAUGAAGUGGCUUUGCAGGAGGCCCUUAAUGCCCUACAACAAGAGAAAGAUGCCAUUACGUCACAGUAUCAGGCACAGCUGAGGGACAACGAGCAGCUGAGCCGUAUGUGUGCAGAGCAGGAGUCGCGUCUGGGGGAGCUGGAGCGUCAGGUGGAGAGCCAAACCCAGGAGGCUGAGGACCGCCGACGCAUGCUAGAGGAUGUUCAGUCAGACAAGGCCACUAUUAGCCGUGCUCUCACCCAGAACCGAACACUGAAGGACCAACUGGCUGAGCUACAGAACGGUUUUGUCAAACUGACGAAUGAGAACAUGGAGUUGACUACAGCCAUCCAAUCAGAACAACAUGUGAAAAAGGAGCUUGCACGCAGAAUGGGUGAAUUGCAAGAGGAGUUGCACAACGUCAAGGAGCAGCUUGAGCUGAAAUGUACAGAAGCUCAGGGUCUGAUGGAGCAGAGGGAUCAGGUAGCGGCACAUCUCCAGCAGUACUGUGCUGGCUACCAGGCCCUGGUCUCAGAGAGGGAACAACUUCACCAACAGUAUCUGCAGCAGAGUCAGCUAAUGGACCGACUACAGCACGAUGAAAGCAAUGGCCGUGCACAGCUGGAAAUGAGUCACAGUCAGCUUAAACAAGCCCAUGAGCAUCUGGAACAGUUAGUCAGAGACAAUGAGCAGCUGAAAGCUGAGGUGAAAGAGCUGCUCAACAGCUCUGCUCUUAUGACAUCACCCAGAGACCAAGGAGAUGGAGUGGAAAGCCAGUCCCUGCAAGAAAGUCCAACAAAGUCUUCUCCCAUAGUUAUUCCAGAGGAUUUUGAGAGCCAGAAAGAGAUGGAGGAUUUUAUUCGUGGAGCUCUGGCUCAACUGGAGGCAGAGAGAGACGAGGCCAGAAGGCAACUGGAGGAGGAGCGCAGGCUUCACAUAGCAGCCCGGCACCAGGCCAGCGUCACCCUAAGUCUGGAGCAGCAGCGCCACAGCCAAACACCUGUUAAUGACCACGAGCACGGUCACAGUCACGGUCAACACAGUCACUGUGAACACAGCCAUGAGCAUUCAGAAGGAGGAGUGCCAGUGGAAGUUCAUCAGGCCCUGCAAGCUGCAAUGGAGAAGCUGCAGCAGCGUUUCACAUCCCUAAUGCAAGAGAAAGCAGACCUGAAGGAGAGGGUGGAGGAACUGGAGCACCGCUGCAUCCAGCUGUCUGGAGAGACUGACACUAUAGGCGAGUAUAUUGCUCUGUACCAGAGUCAGCGGGCUAUUAUGAAACAGAAGCAUCAAGAGAAAGAGCAAUACAUCAGCAUGCUGGCCCAAGACAAAGAGGAGAUGAAGGCAAAGCUGGCUGAGCUGCAGGAUCUUGUGAUGAGGCUGGUAGCUGAGAGGAAUGAUUGGUACAACCGCUACACUGGAGCUGUAGCCGGCAUGGGCACAGUAAACCCUGACCUGCUUCCUGUUGGACAGGAACACACUCACCCAGACCACCAAGCACACACGCACACAGAGCUUGAUGCGGCCACUGGAGCAGCUAUGGAGGACAUCCCUCUGUCAGAACCUGCCGCCGGUCUGGAAGCUUCCUCAUCCCAGAUGCUGUUGACUGGAUCUGGCCAGACUGACUCCAAGCCCCUGGUGCCUAAAGAGGACGCCACAGCCCAGCAAAUCAUGCAGCUGCUUCAGGAGAUCCAGAACCCUCAAGGAGCUCAAAGAUCACCCCCUUUUCUGGGAGAAAACCCCUGCAUCCCCUUCUUUUACCGGCCUGACGAACAGGACGAAGUAAAGAUCCUGGUGGUGUGAGAUGUGGGUGUGACUGCGUAGGGGUGUGUGUGUGUGUGUGUGUGUGUGUGUGUGUGUGU